AUGGCGGCAGCGCAACCACCUAGAAAUGCAACACGAGUAAUCGAAGUUCUUCGAAAUUUCUUAGCUGGGAGAGAAAUCAAGCCAAAUCUCCGUUAUCAGGAUUUCAUUGUUAAAAGAUCUGGGCCACCACCCAAACUUCCCUCUGGCCCAGCUCAUAGGCUGAAUAAAAACUACUAUUACACCAGAGAUUUACGAAGGGAAGCUAGACCUCCUGUAGAAAUUAGUAAACAAGCUUUGCUUCCUGCUUCAUCGGAAAUUAAACGUGCUGAGACUGAAUCGGUUAAAACUGUUGUCCCUGGUCAGCCUGUAAAUUGGUCAGAGAAUCCCUAUUGAAACGUUCCUGAUGUACUUUCCGCAUCAGGCGUUGUACCGGCAUUUCCAAGAAUGCGCGCUAUAGUCAAAGUCAAUGCAGUAAUAUGUUAAAUAAUUUAUCCAUGUAAGGAAGUAAACUGGUGCAACGUACCGUGACAACUUUUUCGCUGGAUGUGAAAUUUACAUUAUUGUGAAUGUAUUGUUUAUUGUUUAACGGUUUGCUAUCAAAUAUCGCAAUGAGCAGUUCGUACUUUUGUAUAUAAUGAUUUAAAUGUUGCUCUAACUCAAAGGGAAAUUACAUAUACAGUUAUUCUAAUAGUAUUAUAAGAGCAU